UGAGAAUGAUAUAUCAACUUUCCUUUAAGAUCAGACUGACUCUAAGUCCGCUAGCGUAACUGAUAGAGGCUAGAAACUGGUUCACUACAAGAUAUCAAGAUGACUUUCUUCUUGUCCUUGUUGUUCUAUAUGUUUCUUAUGGUUCCUGCCAGUCCAGUGGUGAGCAAGGCUGACUAUCGGUCGGUUAUGCCAGCUGAACGAAUCUGCAAACCUGGGCCGCCAUUGAAAGCAGCGACUGGAAAGACGAACUGUCUUGUUAUUGGUGAUUCCAUUAGUAUUGGUUACACUCCGUGGGUCGCCAGAAUGUUAGGUGAUGACUAUCAAGUCCAGCAUGCUCCUUGGGACAGACGAGACGGAGGAGCAAAGGACUCUGCGUAUGGUCUACAAUGCCUGGGCUUGUUUCUGCAGACCGCCAUGUUAGAACCAACAAGAUAUGAUGUUAUUAUCUUCAAUUUCGGCAUGCAUGAUAUAAACUAUAGCGGCAACCACUCGGAGGAAUACAUCACACCAGCUGAGUAUGCUAAAAAUCUAAGAGUCAUAACAUCAAUACUGUUAUCAACUGGGACUAAGGUAGGGUACGUUCUCACAACGCCGGUGCCGUAUAACGCCUCGCUUAAUGAUCGCGUCAUACAGUACAACAACAUAGCACGUGACGUGAUGAAGGAAUAUCCAACUGUAGUUACCGUUGACUUGUACACCUGGGUGAUCGAAGUCUGCGGAGUUCCGCCUUAUUUCAACUGCAUUAUCGCUGGCAAGCAGCCGAGCCCGCAUUACACGCAUUCAGGAUAUGAAUACUUAAGUGAGAGGGUAAAAGAUCUAAUCAUAGAUCUUACUCCAGAACAUGAUGAGAGUCCCCGCUUUUGGAAAAGACAAGAAUUAUUUUGGUCAAAGAGAGAAAAUCCAGUUCAGUGCAAGAACAAGUCUGGUGACGUGGUGACAGUAUGUCCAUAUAACAGCACGUGCUGUAACGAAAGGUAUUCCGUACCAGGGCAAGGAUGUUGUCUCACACCAAACGCCGUCCCGUGUGGGGACGAGUUGCACUGCUGUCCCGCAGGUUACAAGUGUGAUCCGGCCUGUUCAAGAUACGAGUGUUCCUGUCAAAAGGCGCGAUGAAAGACGCAUUGGAAAAGGCUGUUGUUUGUCAAGUUAGCUGAAUGACUUGACAAAGUGAUUAUAAUUUUUACCAUAAUUGAAAUAAUAAAAAGUUCGAUUUUUUAAGA